GGGACGUGAAGGCGUAUUAACGGCUUGAAGAUUACCUUCAGUAAACCAUUGAACAAUUUUCAAACAGCCACAACCAUGAUUCGAAAACAAGCAAGAGAACGUCGAGAUUACCUGUACCGAAAGGUGGCGAUCCUCAAAGAUGCCGAAAUCAACGAGAAGAAGGCAAAGAUGAGGGCAUCACUAGCCCAGGGCCGGCCACUGGAAAAGGACAUUGCAAACGACGAGAAGCUGCGCGCAGACUACCACUACGACGAGUCUAGGAUAGACAGAGAAGACCUGGAUCUGGACGACGAAUAUGCGCAGCUGAGCGGCCUUGUAGACCCGAGGGUGAUGGUGACGACAAGUCGCGACCCUAGCGCGCGGCUGGCCGCGUUUGCAAAAGAGAUCCGACUGCUCCUGCCGACUGCUAUAAGGCUCAACCGUGGAAACUUGAUCUUGCCGGAGCUUGUCCGGAGUGUGCAAGCCGCAGGCCUCUCGGAUAUCGUCCUCCUCCACGAGCGCCGAGGAACACCGACGGCGCUCACCAUUUCACACAUGCCUCACGGCCCGACAGUGUCAUUUUCUCUGCACAACGUUUUGCUGAGGCAUGACAUACCCGGAAGUGUCAGGGGGACUGUCUCCGAGGCCUAUCCCCACCUUGUGUUUGACGGAUUCACCUCCAAACUUGGUCAGCGCAUCGUCAAGGUUCUGAAGCACCUGUUCCCGCCCCGGGAGCCGAUCACAAACAAGGCCAAGAUGUCAAAUCGUGUCAUCACAUUCAAGAACAUUGAUGAUGUUAUCGAGGUCCGACAUCACGUAUUUGUUAGGACAGGUCACGAAAGUGUCGAGCUGGCAGAGGUCGGCCCACGGAUGAGCAUGAAGGUGUUUGAGAUCAGGGGAGGAACGUUGGAGAACAAGGAUGGUGAUGUAGAAUGGCAUCUGAGCCAGUACACGAGGACCAGCAGGAAGAAGAACUACUUGUAAAUUGAUACCCUUCGAAGCUGGUUGGAACGAUAAUCUUUCUUGGUCGAUGCGCACAGCUUUGAAAUGUGGCUGGGAGGAUUCGGUUGAACUGUAACCUCAGGGUAGCAAAUGGAUGACCGAGAGCCCUGUAAAAAGGCGUUCUUUUAAGCCUGUUGAGUAGGUAAGCUUCCAUCAGUAUCACUGACUUCCAGCAUGAGUAUCUACCUACCCAAGUAGGUAACUAACCCAUACACACUCUCGAAACGGCCAAGAUAUGCGGGACGGCAUUUGUCAUGUAAUUCCGUAGAAGCAGUUAGGUAUUUUUGCAUAAAACCAGAAGACGGCUGCGGAGUUGACUGUAGAGACAGCUUCGGGGAACCAAAUAAAUUGUGUAGUUCAUCCGACCAACGGCUGCAUUGUCGUGGGUGGCAUCCGGACCGGU